AAGUAGUAUAGCUUAAGUAUUACUUUGUUGCAAUAAAUGAUAAAUAAUACUAUUUAUCGACAAAUUAAGAAAGAGAAUCAAAAGAGAGAAUUACAUCAAUAGUAUUGUAAAAAGGUAUUAAUUCAGGUUAACUUUGUGAAAAGAAAAAAUGAAAUGUGUUGGUAAUAACAUCAUACACUUGUAGACGUAUUUUAAAACAAGAACCAGUCACUAAAGACAAUGGUACACGUCAGUAGGAAGGAAGAAGUUUCUGUUGCAGAACAGCAGCAGCCACCUUAGCCUUCAAAGGUGCAGAGGCCAAGCUCUCUCAUGUUGGAACUGCUUUUGCUUGAAGACGGGGUUUUGUUUUGGGUCUCAACAUUCUAUGAAUCUGUCUCAGUUAUUAUGACUCUUGUCUUCGCCCACCAACGCAAACAUAUUCCCAAUUCUCACUCACACUCACAGUGUUGAUUGAUAGAAGGGGUGAAUUGAAUUUUGUCACCUUGAUGGAUCCUCAUUUGAAGUCCAAUUUCAUCAAUGGUGUUAAACCCAGCCAAGUGCCCAACACUGUCGAUGUAGAGGAUCACUCCUUUGACCCUGUUAAUGGGAUGAUGAAACCCUUUGAUUUUGGAUUCAUGGAUAACCGGUUUCUUAUUUCGCCUGAUCCAAAUGCUGCUCAAAAUCCCUUUUCCUCGUCCACUGAUGAAGACUAUCCAUUGGAUGAGAUUGAUUUUUCUGCCACUGUCCUACGCUACAUAAACCAAAUGCUUAUGGAAGAGGACUUGGAGGCAAAGCCGUGUAUGUUCCAUGAUACCUUGGCUCUCCAAGCUGCUGAGAAAUCAUUCUAUGAGGUCAUUGGUGAGACAUACCAUUCUUCUUCCAUCCAAAACUAUCACAACAUGGACAGCCCCGAUGAGAGUAGCUUCAGUGGUGCAACAACUAGCACUAGUAACUCGUUUGAGUCGCAAUGGAAUAAUGUUGAUCUUGCUGACUAUAAGCCUUCCAUACUGCAAACCACUUUUCCUGCUGACUUUGUUUUCCAGGCCAGUUCGAUCCAAUCUUCAAUGAAUACCACAAGCAACUUUGCUGUAACCAAUAGUCAAUUCUUGGCAAGUUCCGUGGCUGGAUUUUUGGAUCCAGGUUCAACAAACUUGUUUAGCAAGAGUGAGUCUGUACUGCAAUUUGAGAGGGGUGUGGAGGAAGCCAAUAAGUUCCUGCCUAAAUGGAAUCCUUUGGUUUUUGACUUGGAGAACCCAUCUUUUAGAAUGGUUCCCCCUCAGCAGGUGAAAAUUAAGGCGGAGACAGAGAGAGAUGAAAUUUCUGCUGAGUCAAGAGGAAGGAAGAAUCAUGAGCGGGAAGAUGAAGAAGCAGAUUUACAAGAUGGGAGAAGCAACAAGCAGUCAGCUGUGUACAUUGAUGACAGUGAGAUAUCAGAAUUGCUUGAUAAGGUCCUGCUGGGCACAGGGUGCAGAAAUGAGCAAGCUCCUUCGUGUAUUGGUCACGCAGACCUUCCUAAUGGGCCAUCCUUGGGUAAAUUAGAAGAAACAAACAAGUCUGGUGGUGGGAAGAGCCAUGUUAAGAAACAAGGCAGCAAGAAGGAAAUUGUGGAUCUGAGGACAUUGUUGAUUCUAUGCGCACAAGCUGUUUCUUCUGAUGAUCGCAUGUCUGCUAAUGAGUUAUUGAAGCAGAUAAAGCAACAUGCUUCUCCACUGGGGGAUGGGACUCAGAGGCUGGCCCAAUGCUUUGCAAGUGCCCUUGAAGCACGCUUGGUUGGCACCGGAACUCAGAUUUAUACUGCUUUAUCUCACAAAAGAACCUCUGCUGCAGACAUGGUGAAAGCUUACCAAAUGUAUAUUUCAGCCUGUCCAUUCAAGAAGCUUUCAAUGAUUUUUGCAAACCAUACAAUUUUGCAUUUAGCCAAGGAAGUUGAAACUCUUCAUAUUAUAGAUUUUGGCAUCCGUUAUGGCUUCCAGUGGCCAGCUCUUAUUUAUCGUCUAUCAAAACAACCCGGUGGGCCUCCCAAGCUGCGCAUUACAGGGAUAGAGCUCCCACAACCUGGUUUCAGGCCAGCAGAGAGAGUCCAGGAGACGGGGCUUCGACUUACAAGGUAUUGUGAUCGCUUUAAUGUUCCAUUUGAGUUCAAUGCCAUUGCACAGAAAUGGGAAACUAUCAAAAUUGAGGACUUGAAGAUAAAGGAAAAUGAACUUCUUGUUGCGAAUGCUAUGUUUCGAUUUCAAAAUCUACUUGAUGAGACAGUUGUGGUGAAUAGUCCCCGGGAUGCUGUUUUAAAGUUAAUAAGGAAGGCAAAUCCUGCUAUCUUUUUACAUGCUAAUGUCAAUGGGAGCUAUAAUGCUCCAUUCUUUGUGACACGGUUCCGGGAGGCCCUUUUCCAUUAUUCUACUUUGUUUGAUGUGCUUGAUACCAAUGUUGCUUGUGAAGAUCCAAUGAGGUUGAUGUUUGAGAGAGAGUUCUUUGGGCGGCAGGUAAUGAAUAUUGUAGCUUGUGAGGGUUGUGAGAGGGUUGAGAGGCCUGAGACAUACAAGCAAUGGCAGGUUAGGAACAUGAGAGCUGGAUUUAAACAAUUGCCCUUGGAUAAACAUCUCAUUAACAAAUUAAGAUGCAAGUUGAAAGAUGCGUACCACAGUGAUUUCAUGCUUCUUGAAGAUGACAACUACAUGCUGCAAGGUUGGAAGGGCCGAGUAGUUUAUGCUUCCUCCUGUUGGGUGCCUGCAUAGGCCUUGACAAUGUUCUUCCCAAGGUAGUUAAUUAGGAGAAGCGUUUCAUGAGUUGUAGGGGAGACAUGGACUUCCAAAAUUCUUGUGGUUGACAUAUUCUAGAAGCUGAUCCCUGCUAAUGUAAUGACAUAGCAUAGUUCAAUUUCAGUUCUCAGAAUAUUUUUAAAUUGGUCAAGUCAUAAGUGUGUGUAUAAUAUAACUGAUAACUGGUGCUAUGUGAAUGACAUAUUUCAAUGUUGAACAAUUCCUUCUUGAGUUCUUCUGAUAGGCACUCAUGAGCAGCAGAAUCCUGAGAUUGUGAGAUUUUAGGUCUAAAAUUUGAACUGGUUUCUAAGUUUGUAUAUUAAGUUAAUAUUUUAUUCUGUUCAAUUAAUUAUUUAGUUAAAGGGAAUUUUACUUUUUCAA